AUGACAGCAACAAGGCCUGGAAAUCCUCCUAGGUUCUCUGCAACUCAAACUGAUCUCUUGCGACGUACAAAUUCAUCUCAUUCUACGCAAACAAAUUCAGCCAAGAGAAGCAGAGGUCCAAUUAAUAAGAGAGCUUGUCAACGUUGCAGGCAAGGAAAGAUCAAGUGCGACGGAGAUGCUGAAACUGGAAAACCUUGCUCAAAUUGUGAUCCUGAUCUUUGCAAGUAUGACAAUUCCCCCAGAAAAAAUAAACAAGUGGAGAAUUUGAAGCAAAGAUUACAAAAAGUUGAAGAACAACUUAUGUUUAUUUACAAAAGUUAUAACGAAAAAUUGGAAUCAACUUUCAUCGAGAAAGAAACUCUUUGUCUUUUAUACGAAAAUAAAGGACAUUUUACCGAUUCUACCGUAUUUCAAGGACUAAUUGAAGCAAUAAAACAAAGUCACCUUGAUAAGCAACUCUUAUCACUUACUUAUUCCCUCUUACAAAGAAUUUCAGCUCACAAAGACAAAAUCCCUGAAAUAAUUAAUAGUUUACAAAGAGUUCUUUACGCCGCUGCCGAACGUGCUAAAACUCUUUCUAUUCCUUCUUCAAAUGCUCAUAUUGAGCAACAACCAUACGAUACCUCUAUAAUGUCUGGUAGCGUUGACCCAACGAUGGUAUUAACUAAUAAUCCAUCAAACUUAUCAACAAUUUCUUCAUUUGAAAAUAAUAUGUGUAAUAAUUGUGAGACAAAUGGGUUAAAUCAAAUUCAUGCUUCUUCAUCCGAUGAUGAUGGAUCUGAAUCAUUUAGUGGUGGAUACGAAUGUAAUGAUGAUGGUAGCGGUGGACCUUCAACACCAAAUGAACAAAAUCAUCCAAAUUGUUUUGAAUCCAAACCGUUUCAACCAUCGAAUGGAUCAGCUCACCAACUAUCAGGUUCAUCCCAAAUUUUAGAAGUAUCUGAUUAUUAUCCAUUUUCUCCUUAUGGUAUUGCACCAGCCGACUAUUCUUCUUAUUUCUAUCUUGAUCAUCCUACCACAUCUCCAACAGACGAGAAUAUAUUUUUAAAACUUAAUUAA